AAGAAGGGGUUGAUCACUUGACCCGUCGGACCUCUCAAAUUCAAGCUUCACCUGUAAGUCUGUAACCGGAUUCUUCAAUUUCAAGCACUCAAGGUCCCAAAUUCGCAAUGUUUCCGAUCAUAAUUCUCUAAUCGCCUUGAGAGAUCGCAUAUAUGAUAUAUAUGCGCGUAUAUAUAUAGACGCCUACUGUUAUUUCUCUCUCUAAAAGUGCGCGCAGAGACAUUCCAUUCCAGAUGGGGAGCAGCGGCGGCGGCAGCGAUGUGGAAGCGGGGUUCGCGAAGCUUCAGGGCGAGGAUUUUGAGUACUACAUGCAGACAUACUCCAUAAUCCUUGGCCGUACCUCGAAGAAGUCGACGGUGGAUGUUGACCUCUCCUCCCUCGGCGGCGGGAUGAACAUCUCCCGCCACCACGCCCGUAUCUUCUACGACUUCCAGCGCCGUCGAUUCGCCCUCGAGGUUCUCGGUAAGAACGGCUGCUUCGUCGAGGGGGUACUUCACCUCCCUGGUAACCCUCCCGUCAAGCUCGACUCUCAGGACCUCCUCCAGAUUGGGGACAAGGAGUUCUACUUUCUCCUCCCGAUUCGGAGCAUCCUCGGUGGCCCUAUCGGGCCCAGACACCACGUAAAUGUUAAUUAUCCGGCGGCGGCAGCGGCAGCGGCGGCGGCUUCAGGGAUGGUGUCGCAUCACCAUCACCAGCACUUGCCUCCCCCUUCGGUAAAUGCCUACGGCGGUGCGGUUGGAAAGAAGGGAUUGCUGAGAGGGAAGGAGUAUUAUGAAGAUGACUAUGAGGAUGAUGGGGGAGAAGAGGGCUCCGAAGCUAAAAAACUGAGGAGGGGUGAUGGCUUUGAUGGUAGCGGCUAUGGCUAUGGAUCAAGCGGCUCUGGAGGGAAGGUUGCAAUAGAUAAGAAGGUAGAUGGAAGAUCACGCAUUGACAGAGAUGCUGACAAUCAACAGCUCCUGCAACUAGAAGAGAAGGAUGUCGUGUCUUCUGUAGCGAAUGUGCUUUCUGAUCUCUGUGGUCCAGGAGAAUGGAUGGCAAUGGAAAAGCUUCAUGCUGAGUUGGUGGAACACUUUGGCAAUAGGUGGCAUCACAGCCGCGUGAGGAGAUAUCUCACCUCUGAAGACUAUCCUACCCCUGAAGCCAACACGAAACCAUGGUAUGGAUUGCUGAUGCUGUUGAGGAAAUACCCGGAGCAUUUUGUCAUCAACACAAGGUCCAAGGGACGCGUGGCGUUGGAAUUUGUUUCCCUUGUCUCACUGCUUUCUUGAAAGAUUGUAAAAUUUUAGUGUUGUCCAACUAUGAUUUAAGACUACUUUGCUAGAAAUGGUCAUGCUGUUCAGAAUUACAGUAAAAUGUGAAUGGCCUAUUAUUGUUUCUGUUAACUUGUAUCCAAGAAAUAGUUUUGCUGGCAUUUCAACUUUUUGGGUCUUGCUUUCUUGUCAA